AUGAAAGAGAUUAAUAUGAAAAACGAUGAUCACUUGAUUACUGAACAAUUGGAAAGAUUAUACAAUUUAUCUAAACGUAUCAAUUUGAAAGAAAUUUCUUUGGAUUUAGAAAAACUUAAAACCACUGGUAUCCUUGUUGAUAAAGAAUUAGACAAUAAUGGUAAUCAAAUAGGAAGUCUAUUACAAAUAUUUACUGAACCAUUAUUUCAAAAAGAUGGCUUUUUCAUUGAAUUAAUUGAACGUUGUAAUCAAUCAACUGGUUUCGGUGAAAAUAAUAUCAAUGCUUUAUGGGAAGCAUUAGAAAUAUCACAAACAAACACAUCCAAUUAA